GGAAGGUCAUGAUCACCCGGGAUGUUGUCUUCUACGAGGAGGUGAACUACCUGCAGUGGAAGGGAGUAGAGAAAGAGAUUGCAGCAGCAGGGACAGCAAUUGCACCGGACAAGGUGGACGAUCUUUUGGAAGAAAAGGAGAGUGAGGGAGUUGGUGAUGAAGGAGAUGAGGAACUCGAAGAUGUGGAACGGGCAGAUUCAGUUGAUUGGGUGUGGGAGAAGGCACCAACCAGGGAAGCGGAUGAAAGCAAGGUAGUGGAGAUAGCAGGGGAGCAGCCAAGCAAAGAAGUAGCUGAGGAUGGCAUUGAUGAAGUGGCUGAAGAAGAGGGAGAUGAAGAAUCAGCAGCUGAAGGAGAUAGUGAUCCUUGGAAGCUUCUAAACAGUGAUGACAACAAUGCCAAGAUGAGGGAGAUAGAGGAAUUACUUGAGGAGGGCGCCAUCGUGAUUGGAAGGGAAGUGAAGAAUGGAGAAGGGAAAGCACUGGCGGAUUCCAGUGAGGAUGAGGUCGAGUCACCUGCAGAGGAGUUGGGGAAAGGAAAGAGGGUGAAGAAACCAAACCCUCGGGCUCUCAAGGCGGGGCGCGGCCUGCAGGUGUGGUGGCACGGGCUUACGGGCAACAAAGGCCGCAGCAAGGGUGGGGGGAGUUCGCGUGGGAAGGAGCCCGCCGCAGUGGGCACGUAUCAUGGGGGUGCGGUGUGCAAGGAGCUGCGGUUCUUUGCCAACCCUGCCUGCAAGGGCAAGGCGCUGGAUGAGGUGCUGAAGCCGCAAUACGCCGGCCUGCGCAAAUUCUUCAAUGUGCCCAGGUGGGUCAUGGUGGCACGUGGGUCAUGGGAGCACGUGGGUCAGAGGCACGUGGAUGGGCGAAGUUGGAUGGGGGCAGGCGGGUGA